AUGGAAUUGGAAUCAGAUACAGAACACAACCACAACAUGAUGAUCGAUCACAAGAUUCCAACACAUAACAUGCAAAUUGAUCCAUCAAGAUAUUGUUUUCCAUGUUGCAUUGUAUGGACACCUCUUCCUGUUGUUUCAUGGCUUCUUCCUUUUGUUAGUCAUAUUGGUAUAGGCAGAGAAGAUGGAGUCAUUCUAGACUUUGCAGGACCUAACUUUGUGUGUGCAGAUAACUUCACUUUUGGAGCUGUUACUCGUUACAUUCAAAUAAGUAAAGAUAAGGUGCUUGAUAUGCCUGCUUAUGAGGCUUGA